CGCACUAUUCCGUUAUUCGCGGUGAUUUCGUGAUGGCUGAAGCGCCUGCGACCUCUAACGGCGUAAUAAGAGACUCGGCUGUGCUAGCUGCAGAUAAGCAGGGAUGGUUAUCAAAGCGAACACAGUUUACCCAUCGCUGGAAGCCUGUCUGGUUUGUGUUGAAAGAAACACAGCUUUUGUAUGGGGAGAAUGAAAAGGAAGCACAAAAGAAAAUCAACCUUUUAGGUGCCCAUGUUAAAGAAGUAGACGGCAAUGAGAUGACAUUCACUUGGACAAUUACUCCAAAGGGGGGCAAGAGGACAUUCUUCCUGAAAGCAAACAGUGAAUCCGAGCAGCGUGAAUGGAUACAGGCCAUCUGUGACGCUUUGGUGAAGUCUUCCGCGGGACACGCCUCCUCAACUUGCACUGUGCAGUAG